GCAGCAGCUUCUCUUGCUGGAAGCAAACCUGCCGGACAAACCAGACUUCAUGUUUGGAGACCUCAGGAAAAUCUCCCGAACCAUCAGAGCAGCUUGAAGCUGCUUCAGAAGAAGAAAAGGAGUCAAUCACGAAAAGACAAAACAAAUUUUAAAAAAAGAAAAAAAAACUGCUGCCUUUGGGAAUAUAUUUUCUUUUCAAAAUUUCAGAAGAAGGCAGGAGAAGUGAAGAAAGAAGGGACAAGGUUUCAUUGCAGAAUUACAUAAAAGAGCAUGCUGGUGUCUACUGCUUCCACUCGGAUGCAAAGAGAAGAAGAGAUCAAGGAUAAACAAAGAUGAAAAUAAAGACCUUCAUAGAGGAAAACUCAUCACUUGCAAGUUUGUUUCAAAUUGAAGAAAGUGUCAAAGAAAAAAAUUAUCUGCUGUCAACUGAGGAAAACUGAAGGAAAAGUCAAGACUUACAGUAAUACUUUAUCUGAAAUUCUCAGAAACAAGGUAACAAAUAUCAAAACAGCUCAUGAUCUUUGUACAAAUAGAAGGAAGAGUUCAAGGAAAUAAAAGAAAACUGGAAGGAAGUGAAAAGUGCACGGUACCAAAAGGGCAUUGCUGAAUACAAGAAAAGAAGGAAAAUAAAUAUUUGAAAGGAAGGUGAGCAAACAGGACAAGGAUAUCUGGAGGCGUAAAGUUUAAGGAUACAACAGCAGAGCUGCAGAAAAGGAUGAAACAGGACGAAAGGGGAGAGUAGAAAAAGAGAAGCACAAGAAGGAAAAAUCCCAUCAAGAACCAAAAACAGGAAUAAAGAGUUCCCAGUGAAGACCAGCUGGAUUACAAGUGGAGAUGCAGCUGCCGGUGCUUCUCGCAGCGCUGCUGUCCGCCCUCCGGGCCGCGGGCUCCGUGGCCCCGGGCUCCGCGGCCCCGGGCCGGCUGGAGCGCUGGGUCCGCUCAGGGCUGCAGUCUCUGCAGUGGGAGCAGCUGGAGCGCUGCCUGCGCUCGUCCUCCGUGUCCGAGGCGGAGUGCAGGCGGCUGGCUCACCUGCCGCUCUCCUCCGUGGCCGUGUACGCGUCGGAGCCGCGCAAUGCUGCAGACAAAGUUCUGGCCAUCCUCCCGGACUCUUCAAGCGGGAUGCUGAGCUCCAAGUUACGCGGAGGCCUGGGCGUCGGGCGGAUGCUGAACAGAGGGGAGUCUCUCCACAGACACCAGCAGCCUCUGGCCAACUCCAUGACCCACGAUGCCGUUCUGGUGCUGGACCCCAGCCCUGGGGAGAACUUUGGACACCCCGUGGUCCUCUUCUACGUGGAUAUGAAUGUGACCAAGAAGAGAUGCUCCCACCUGGAUGGCAUUUACUUGGGCGAGGAGUGUUUGACUCUGGCCCUGAAGGGUCGGUGUCAGAACCAGUUGAAGCGUCGCCAGGCCGGCCCGGAGAGGCUUUUUGGUAAUGGCCGGCUCACAGGCGGGGCACUGCGGGGCGGCACCGGCGGCAGCCGUCUGCUGGAGCGAGCCAUCGGCGGGCUGUGUGAGGUCCACUUCCUGCCGCUGGUGGUCGCAGUCGGAGACAGCAACCGCACUCAGAGACUUAGAUGUGUUGACCACGCAGAGUUUGCCAGGUGCCCUCAGCCGCUGCCCAUGAGCUCUUCCAGUCUCCCCGUGUCCAGCUGCGAGCUGAAUAAAAACACCCGACGCUGCCACCAGCAGCCGCUGGCCACCCACCUGUCCUGCCGCCUGUACCAGACCUGUGACCACGCGGUGCUCAUCUCAGGAGGCUGGCAGCAGCAGAUGACGUUCCAGCGUCACGUUCAGAACCUUCACAGAUUCUUCAAAAUGCUCCAAAAUAACGGCUUCCAUAAGGAUCACAUCAAGACCUUCUUCGCCAGCAGCGGACACGUUACUGACGAUAUAGAGGGUGUGUACUCUGCAACGGAGAAAGCAGUGAUCCGUAACCACGUGUCGUACAUCUGCAGGAAGCAGCACUGCGCUGACACGCUGGUUUUGUACCUGAACUCGCCGACGCGCAACGACGGCACCAUGUUGCUGUGGGACGCCAACCUAAAUGGCAUCGCCGAUCUGAAAGAGCGUUAUUCAGUGAACGAGCUGCUGACUGACCUGGCCGGCUGCAGGGCGACUCGUGUCCUGCUUUUUGUGGACCAGAGCUACAGUGGAGUUCUGUCCAAGAGACUCAGGGGUUCGCAGAAGCACCUCAACGUGGUUUUGAUCCAGAGCCAAGCCCAACAGACCCACGCCUACCAGAAUCAGAGACUAAACCCCAGCUGGGAGGACAGCAGCUGGUCCUUCAUCAGCCCUACCACCUGCCUGCUGGACCAUCUGGGAAAGGCAAGUUUCCACGGUGCCGGGACAACUUACCUCCUGGAGCCGUGGGCCGGCCUUUUAAACGUGACAUUGGCCGGUGCGCCUUGCAAUGUCACUCCACCUCUGACAGACAGCGAAAUGCGUCGAGAGUACCAGGGCUGCCAGAACCUACCGACCGCUCUCUGGCACCAGAAACACCGGAGGAUCAACUGAUGUACAUACACAUGGAGACAUAUUGAGAGAUGGACAGAAAACAAACCAUGGACACAAGUGUUUCCACUAUAAACCUGCAUAUUUUCCAUUGUGUGUGUUUUAACUUAAAAAUUGGCUGUCAGUGUGUGUGUGUGUGUGUGUGUGUGUGUGUGUGUGUGUGUGUGUGUGUUUGAUGACAUAACUCGGUUGUGACGGCAGCUCAUCCCAAUGGAGUGUCCUGCAUACCACGUGAUCAGUGUGUGUGAAGGGUGUGUGUGUGUGUUUGUGGGUUCAGCAAAAGGACAGACAAUCUCAAAGGCUAGCACUUAUACUUAGUGUGUGAGAUUAAACACAUCUCCUGGGCACUUUAACAUUUCAGAUCCAGUCAUCCAUCUCUAUUUUUGUCCUCACACCAGUGUCCUCUCCUGUCGGAAUCUCUCCAUCGUCUUUCUUCAAUUUCUUUCUUUCUUUCAAUUUUCUUUAUUCCUUCUGUCCACUUUAUUUGCCUUUCCUCUGUUAGCUCAACCCAUCUUCUCCUCUUCCCCUCUUUGCUGUCAAGAGACAACAGUACCAGCAAAACACUAAAACUUUUCAUUUCAGUAUAUAAAAAGAAGCAUUAAUGAAAAUUAUGCAACAUUCACCAGUUUUCACACAAAUGGUGAACAUAAUUCAAGUUCCUUUUAAACUGGUGUUUUACUGUUUUCUGGUAUUUUUGUUGUUUUGCCCCAUAAUUUCACCCCAUAAUAUGUAUGUUGUGUAUAUAUAUAACUUUAGUGGUGCAAAAAAAACAACAACAAAAAAAACAGCCAACAUCUGGCUUUGAGUGGAAGUGGAAAGUUUUAUUGGUAUUUAGUCCCACUUUGAAUGUCUCUGCUGUGCUCACAGGUAUUUUCGGGUUCUGGUACCAAUUAGCAUUGAUACGAACAGCUGGUCACAUGGCACUUUUUAGUAAUUGUGUGGUAUUCAGGGCUGGAAGAGUGAGCAGAAUUCACUUUUCCUAAACCUAAACACAUUUACUAACCCUUACAUCUUAUAUGACAGGGUCAGAAACAGUCAGCAACAACUCCAGAAAAAAAAGAGAGAUGAUAUGUUCAUUUUAUAUCCCUGCAGUUCCUCUGUAUUAACAUCUGUGCUCCAGUUUGAACUAAUAAUCUAGCCUGAUUAGUUAAGAAACUGCUUGUAGCUUGUAGCCUUGUCCAAUCAGCAGUAGUUACUGGCUUUAACUUAAAUUCUGUGAGUACACUGUACUCUUUCUAGACAUUGAGGGUUAACACAAUGGUGCUGGCAAUGGAAAAGGUCUUACUUGGCUCCUUUUAGAAGUAUUAAUUACAUCUAAAUGAUAAUGAUAAACCAAAAACAACAGCUACAUUUCAUGCACACAUUUGGCAGUUGGGAGUGUUGGUAAUCAAGUUAGAAAUGUAUUUCCACUUAUGGCAUAAAAAUGUUCCUUAGUACAAGCAAAACAUUUUACAGGUUUGGAGAAGGAGGAUAAAGAGUCACAAAACAGAAGACAAAGAGAGGUUGUCAGGGACCAUAAUUAAGAGAUGAAGCACUAAGACUGCUUCCACUACGCAGACUUGCAGAGGCAUUUUAAUAACGCCACAUAUGUGUGAGUGUGUGUUAAAUCACAUGAAAAGAGCAUAGCAGUAACACAUCCUUACACUAACAACAUCUACGAUUUUCUUCACUUUGACCUUUGUCUAAAUGUCUGCCCAGUGAUCCAAAAAAUCACUUUGUUGUGCAGCUGCUUCCCUUCCCGUUGCGUGUUGUACAGAUGUGUUAUUGUACCGACUGUACGUCAGACAUUUGAUCAUCCAAAAGAUGAAAGUUUCUCAGAGGAGCAUCCUUCAAAAUAUGUGGGACAUUUCAGAUCAAAACUGUAUCCAAGAGGUUGACGUGUGCAUAUUCACAGUUCGUGUAAUGAUCUGUACAGAGUGUGAUGUGUAAUUUAGCUGAAAUGGUUCCAGUUGCAUGCAGUGGAUCACAAACUAUAAUCAAUAAAGUACUUUAAGAACCCAGAGAAGU